AUGAAGGAAGCAUGGCUUUGUCAUCUACCUUUAGGGUACAGCUCUUCGCAUAAGCUUAGUUUGUAUGGUUGUGAUUCUUCUAAUUGUUUUAUUACUAAAACUAUAAUCACUGAAGAAACAGCCAUUUUACAUCAAAUUAAUUUGAAUAGUAAUGCUGAAGGUGAAGGUCCCGAUUCUAUUCUUGAAGGUGGUAAUGAUGACAUUAAAGAAUUUGCAGAUGGCAUUUUAGUCCCAUGA